AUGUGGAACAAGUCAAAAAAGGAACUUAACGAAUGUGAGGGUCCCUUGGUGAAAGUCCGGACGGCGGGAACGUGUUUCCUCCGCAGUUUGGCUGCUACUUACAGUCUAUUGGACAGGGAAGCAAAACUCUCAUUUGCAUCUUGUUUACAAAAACGGAAUAUCCGUCUUCUCCUUGAACGCGUCUCUCUGAACUUUCCUGGAUAUUCAUUGACUGUUGCUCAACUCCAAGCAAAUACGACUCCACACAUUUCCAACCUAAGAGUAGGGUAUUACGGCUAUAGAUGUAUCACGAUAUCUCGAAAAUCGUGCCGACUUGAACAUGAGACGGCCUGCUACAGCACAUUCAGUUGCUUGAAAAAAUCACAACCGAAAGAUUCAGCUUGGUUUCAGCUGAGUCUGUCGUAA